AUGGAAUUGAACUUGAGACUAACUGAAUAUUUACAACACCCUGUUCGUUGGUUAGGUAUCAUUAUCCCUAAGUUCAGAGAGGUUAAAUAUCGCUUUCAAGCUCAGGAGUGCUUUCCUGAGGGACACCGGUUACUUCAGAGCCCUCACAGAAGUGUCCAUUUUGACUCAUGGCACCUCCAGCAGUCAGCCACUCAGGACCUGAUAUGUGAUCAUUCCCUUGCUGCUGGGUGGUAUCGAUUUCUCAUCUUUGACAGACCUGCUGAGAUGCCAACCGAAUGUGUCGAGAUGAACCACUGCGGAACACAGGCUCCCAUCUGGCUGUCUCUGGGAGACUCAGAAACACUGCCUGCACCUGGGGAGAUCAAGCAACUGACAGCUUGUGCCACAUGGCAGUUCUUGCUCAGCACCACGAAAGACUGCUGUCUUUUUCAAAUCCCGGUGUCUGUAAGAAACUGUGGACAAUUUUUUGUGUACUUACUACAACCCACUCAGGGAUGUAUGGGAUAUUGUGCAGAAGCUAUUUCUGAUGCAAAAUUACACCCAUGUGGCCCUGACGAAAUUGAAAUUGAAGGUGACUGUGUUCGUCAGCUGUCUGCCUCAUUGCCACCACCACCUCCAGGAAGGCCCGAAGUUGUGGCAGAGCUGAUUGAGUCCAGGGUUUUCUGUAGGUGUGCUUUUGAUGUUUCCCCUACCAACAACUCAGUGGGAUUUCUCAUAGCGUGGUCUAGGCUUUCUGCUCAGGAAGUCAAAGAGGAGCUGAAGCAGGAGACCACAGUUCAGGCAUUCUCUCUUUUAGAACUGGAUGGCAUAAAUGUCAGACUCGGAGAUAGGAUAUUCUGUACAGCUUCCAUCUUUUUCUUGGGGAAACUACAUGUAAAAAGUUCAGCCAUCGAAAGCCAAGAAUUUUUUGCAGGCAUUAAGCUACAGCCUGAAUCCAGCACUAUAUCAGAAGAUGGAAAAGAAUACCAGCUGAGGAUAGAGAGCACAGUUCCUGUGGUUUGUUCUAAAUUCAGUGAGCUUGAUCAGGAAUGCAAAAUCUCAUUAAAACUGAAAACUGUUGAUCAAGGUAAAGAACAGCUAGGCUUAAAUUUGGCACUGUCUUCCUGUCACGUGGACCUUCACCAGACACCGUCCUGUGCUAAUGGAACCUGUAGCCAUGCUCUUGUGUACUACACUGCGAUAACAGAUUUUUCUCGAGAUGGAAAUAGGGUUACAGACAUUAUAGUGGAACCUAUAGUUAAUGAGGAUUUCCUGUGGAACAGCUACAUUCCAGACAGCAUCCAGAUCAGAGUAAAGGAUGUCCCAACUGCUUACUGCUAUUCAUUUACUGACCCACAUAUAAUUACAUUUGAUGGCAGGGUGUAUGAUAAUUUCAAGACCGGGACGUUCGUGCUUUAUAAGAGCCUGUCGCGUGACUUUGAAGUCCAUGUACGUCAGUGGGACUGUGGGAGCCUUCACUACCCCGUGUCAUGUAACUGCGGGUUUGUUGCCAAGGAAGAAAGCGAUGUAGUUACUUUGGACAUGUGCGGUGGUCAGCUGCGUGAGUCACGGCCGUACUUAUUUCUAAAGAGCCGAGGUGAAACCAGCAAUAUCAAGAUAAGCGAAUCUUACUUAGGAAGGAAAGUCACAAUCUGGUUUUCUUCUGGAGCAUUUAUCCGUGCCGAUCUUAGUGAAUGGGGCAUGAGUCUAACAAUCAGAGCCCCUAGUUUAGAUUACAGAAACACUCUGGGACUCUGUGGCACCUUUGAUGAAAACCCAGAAAAUGAUUUCCAUGACAAAAAUGGCAUCAAAAUUGAUCAAACUUUUAAUAAUUGUGCUGCUUUUAUUAAUGAAUGGAGGAUUUUGCCAGGAAAAAGCAUGUUUGACACAAAGCCAAUUUCUCUGCCAUCGCCUGGAAAACGACCCUAUUGCAGCUGCUCCUUGGACACAGCUUCACUGAAUCAUCUGGUCGGUGUCUCUCAAUCAGACAUCGAUUCUGACUGCAAAGACCUCACACAUAUUAAAUCCUCUCCCUUGAUACCAGAACUAGAUGUCACCUCUAAACAUAUUAAUUCAGAAGCUCUUCUCAGAGGGAUAAACAAGCAUACAUCUCAACGAGAAAAUAGUUCGAAUUUCUUUCCUCAAGAAAAAAAGCACAUGAACCUAACCAAACUGGAUUUCAAUUUACAAAAACAUCCAGAGAAUGAGAAACAAGAUGCACCAAAACCUUUGGACAACGGGACACACGCAGGGGACCAGGUUAGCCACAGCCAAGCAACAGGGUGGCAUGGACAAAACAGAUGGAAACGGCAGAACUUUCAUGAGUCUCUUCCUUCGUUUGCUUUCCAAAGUCUCAGCCAGAGUGACCUGGAGGGGUUGACUUAUUUUUUCCCCGAGGACCACACUGAGGAUGUCCAACAGGAGUUCCCCCCCACGUGGCCCACGCCCUCGGGCCUCUCGGAGCGCAGCGCCUUGGCGCUGUGUCAGCAGGCCCUGGCCAACUCCAGCAUAGGGCGGCACUGCCUGGGCCUCCUCGGUGAGCGGCUGCACAGUGCUGUGGAGAUGUGCCUUAAGGAUGUCCUCCUAAAAGAUGACCUCAGCUGGGCAGACGCGGGGGUGGCCCUGUUAGAAAACGAAUGUGAAAGGAGAAUUUUGGAAGAGGGGAAAUAUAACACAGAAGAGUAUGGCAGAUGGAUGGAAGACAUUCUCUUGCUAUUGAAAUGCCCUAACUUAUGCAGUGGCAACGGGCAGUGUAUGCAGUGGGGAUGCAUGUGUUCCCCAGGCUUUAGGGCCUAUGACUGCAGUGAUUCACAUGACAAGGCUCCUGAAAUUAUAGAGCUUGAGAAUGCUGGAUUCUGUAAUGUUCGAAAAUACGAUUGUAUGAUGGUAAGAGUUUUUGGUCAAGGCUUCAAAGAAUCACCUUCAUUUAAAUGUGAAGUUACUAAGCUGCAGCACAAUGGCAGUCAGUGGGUCCUUGGAGAAGCCGCGCCUUCCCGUGCUGUGUUUCUAAACCGCAGAACGGCCGACUGUCGGCUGCCCGCCCCCACGGGUGAGAAGCCACUUGUGAAGUGGCAGUUAAAGGUAUCUAAUGACGGCUACAGGUUCAGUAAUCCCAAAACAAUGGUCAUAUACGAUGGGGCGUGUCAAGUGUGCGGUCUCUAUGGAAAAGACUCAUGUACGGCAAAGGAAAAUGUUUGCAUUAUUGAUGGACUCUGCUACAUUGACGGGGCUAAACAUCCUACCAGACCUUGUUUGAUUUGUAGACCUAAACUUUCAAAAUUUACUUGGUCAUUUUUAGAAAACAACCAACCCCCAAUGAUCCAAAUACAGCAAGACAAAUUACAGACAUUUUAUGGGGAAAACUUUGUGUACCAGCUCAUGGCCUUGGAUCCAGAAGGCUCUGACAUCCAUUUUACCUUGUACUCUGGUCCUGAAGGAGCAAAUGUUUCCUCUGCAGGACUUCUUAUGUGGAAAGCAGAGUCACGAACUCCCCGGCCAUUCACUCUACACAUUAGCGAUGACUGCAAUGCUGAAACUAAAGUCACAAUUGAGUUGACUGUAAAGUCUUGUGAUUGUUUGAAUGGUGGAUCAUGUGUGUCUGAUACAAAAUUUCCUCCAGGAAGUGCAGCAUAUAUGUGUGUCUGCUUGCCUGGCUUCCAGGGCAGUCUUUGUGAAGUAGAUGUCACUGAGUGCCAAUCAAAUCCCUGCGGCCUUGGUAAAUGUGUUAGUGGUUUUCACAGUUAUUCCUGUGAUUGUCCACGUGAGCUCAAAGGCAAAAAUUGCGAGGAAGAUGUUAACGAGUGUGAAUCCAGGCCUUGCUUCCCAGGAGUAGAGUGCCUCAACACCUUUGCUUCUUAUCAUUGUGGUUCAUGUCCUAAAGGAUUUUAUGGGGAUGGAAAAAUUUGUCAUGAUGUAAAUUUUCAGUCACCGUCAACAGAGCACUUACUAAAUGGUGCAAGUUUUACCCACAGUCCAGCUACUAUCAAAACCAGUGGCAUCUCCUACUUCUCAUUAAAAUCAGUUACAACUCGAAUGAAAAAUUCGAAGGCAAUUUCUCAUCAGAUAUCAGGGGUGAAACACGUGGCUCACACUCUGAGCACAGAUCUCAGUCUGGGGGAGUUAGAAGUUGCCAUGCACAACCACCGGUCUAUAAGUAUUAACCCAAACCGCCCCAGCGAGGGAGUGAAGGGCGCUGCCCAGGGCACCAUCCAAACAGAGGCAAGAGGGUCUAGCUCUCCAGUUUACAAGCCUGCCCAAGGCUACGCACAGCAUACAGGUGGGUUUGCAGCAUCCGUUAUUAGAGCCAUCACUGUUUUGCCAGAAAAGCCCGAGUCCACCAAACUAGCAAGGUGUGCAGAAUCGCCUUGCUUUGUGGGUGCUUCCUGUGUGCCAGCCACAGGCGGCCACUUCCCAUGUGGCCGCUGCCCCCUUGGAUAUUUCGGAGAUGGUAUCAGUUGCAGAGCCAUUUGUAGACACCCAUGUGGAAAAGGGAGGGAGUGUGUUGCCCCAAACAUAUGCAAAUGUAAACCUGGCUACACUGGUUCUAACUGCCAGACUGCUAUAUGCCAUCCUGAUUGUAAAAACCAUGGAAAAUGUAUUAAACCUAACAUUUGUGAAUGUCCGCCAGGACACGGUGGAGCAACCUGUGAUGAAGAAUACUGUAGCCCACCUUGUCAACACAGUGGCACCUGCCUGGCUGGAAAUCUCUGUACUUGUCCUUAUGGUUUUGUGGGACCAAGGUGUGAAACAAUGGUUUGUAACAGGCACUGUGAAAAUGGAGGUGAAUGCCUUACACCAGAUGUUUGCCAGUGCAAGCCUGGCUGGUAUGGACCCACCUGCAGUGCAGCUUGGUGUGACCCUGUUUGCCUCAAUGGUGGUUCCUGUAAUAAGCCAAACAUGUGCCUCUGUCCCAGUGGAUUUUUUGGUGCACAGUGUCAGAAUGCUAUCUGUCACCCUCCCUGUAAGAAUGGUGGCCACUGUGUGAGAAAGAACGUGUGCAUCUGUCGUGAAGGAUACACUGGUAGGAGAUGCCAAAAAAGUAUCUGUGACCCCAUGUGCAUGAACGAAGGAAAAUGUGUGGGACCAAACAUCUGCUCUUGUCCUUCUGGUUGGAGAGGGAAGCAAUGCAACACACCAAUCUGCUUUCAGGAAUGUAAAAAUGGUGGUGAAUGUAUUGCUCCCAGUAUAUGCCUUUGUCCUGCCACCUGGGAAGGAAUGCAGUGUCAGCUACCAAUUUGCAAUCAAAAGUGUCUCUAUGGAGGCAGAUGUGUACUUCCCAAUGUGUGUUCUUGCCGUACUGGAUAUACUGGAGCCAAAUGUGAAAAGAAAAUACAGAAAUACGCCAGUGCCAACAUGGUCGUACCUUUAGUCUCUUACAACCCUGCUUCUCCUCACCCCAAACUGCUGGCCUGCAUCCUGUUUAUUGCUGAUGCUAGGCGACCUCUAAGAUGA